ACAGCUGAUCUGUGCAGCGCUCAGAGAGAAGCUGAGACAACCAGACACAAACACACGCACACUUUCGCUUUUCCACUGCCAUGCACUUCUUUCCUUUCGCCUGUAAGCGCACAUGCACUUUACAUGCCUGACAUCCAUGCAGUUACACACACAAACAACUGCAAGGAAUCACUCUAAAGUAGACAGGGGAGCAUUUCGUUUCUCUACUCCUCAAGAUCACAACUGUUUGGUAAGUGAAGACUCCUUUGCCUCCUGGACAGCAGUAAUAGGACACUUGAAGCAGAAGAAAGCAGCUAAGGACACAGGAAGAGGAAUCAAAAAGGACAACCAUAACUAAGGGAGCGGAAAACGGCUGACAAGCAAACAGGUUGGAGAGAAGAUCAACAGAGGAAGACCCACUGCAGUGCAUGAGAAUGUCUUUCCUUUCUGGCUCACCCUGGCAGCAGCCUGGCAUCGUUAAUGGAAACAGUGGGUAUGGACAACCUUCCAGCGGGUAUCAGCAGCAGCAGCAGCAUCAACAACAGCAACACAAACCUCCCGGUACUCUCUCCAGUGCCAGCAUCCCUGCCGUGAUGGCCUCUUCUCCACUGUCACCCUCCAGUCCAGCUGCUCCCCACCACGGUGACUGGCAUUGCCAAGGCCAGAUGGCACCAGGAGGAGCCACUGCCACAGCUCAGACAGGAUCCAGAGUAACUUUGAUGGAAGAUGAGGGGAAAUUAGGCCGAGGCAGCACUGAGGGGAAUUCAUCGGGGAUGAUGGCAUCAGGAACCCCGAGCUUCACCACACCGUUGUUGAACAUAGAGGAUGACUGGUCUAGACCAGAAAGGCCAAAGGAAGAUGGACUUAAGGUGGGAGUGGUUGGGGGUGUAUUAGGGAGCGCAGGACAGAGCCCCAGCAGUCCCCUGUCUUCACACUCCUCCCCAACUUCAACAUCACCUUCCCCUUCUCUCUCACCAGGGAGAGUCUUUUCGAAUUCUGUCAUUGAUCCUAAGCCAUUUGGACAGAGCGAUCUCCAGCAAAAUAUGGAAGGAUUUUACCUUCAGGCAUCACAAAAAGCUGUCCAAGGACACAUCUUCUCAGAACAUCAGGAAAAAGUACCAUUAAAUCCAUCCAUCACCAGAGAUACAGUUUCACAUGAAGUAAAAAAAGAGGAUGAGAGGAUAACAACUGGAAGCCUGUUGAAAACUCUGAAAGAAGAUUCUAAUGCAAGUAAGCCUGGAAAUCAAAUACUCAAGCCAUACUUAGGAAGGUCAGGUACAGAUGUACCUGACCCUUCUGUGUCUGACCUAACAGGUAGCAAAGCUAGCACAGCGUUGCCCACAGGACAUGCACCUGCAUCUCUGUCUCCACCCAACAGAGCUGCUGGUAAUGCAGGGCUGAGUGUUGUAGGAGGGUACAGGUCACACGGAGAAAACUUAAGCCAUACUGGAACGGGAGCAGCAACACGUGUUCCACCAAAAAGCAAUGCAUCCGAGAAAAGAGUUGCAAGCCCUGGUCCGGAACGGGCUUCAAAUCACCAUGAGGAUACAACAGACAGAGAAACCAAAACAACGAGAGGUAAUGACAUCCCUCAGCGAACUGCAGUGCGACGUGCAAUGUCUGACUGUUCACAUCUGUCUGUUCCCUUGGUAAUGGCCGGGGCAUACCCUACGGCUAUGGCCAUCUCACAAGUGAUGGCACCCAGCACGCCAGAUUUCAUCCCAAUGGGAACCCCCUGCCACCCCAGAUCCUCUUACCCUCAUGUAGCCGUCCGUCGAUCUCUCACGGUUUCAGACGGUUCUGAAGGCUCUGCUUCAAUGGCAACAAUGAUCUCAACUCCUUUAAUGAUGUCACCUGUGGUCCCAUCUUCUCCUCCCCCUAAGAGACAUCAUGGGAGCUGUGAAACCAAUGUUCUACUUCCUGUUCCAGCUCCUGUAGGAACACUGGCUAAAGUUACCCAGGACACUAUGACAAGAACCACCGUGAAAUCUGACAACAAGGAGAAGCAGGAGAAGAUGGACAUCAUCUCCAGCAAGACGGGCAGGAUCGACAACUUGGACAAGAAGGAAAACAACACUGACAAGAACCAGAAGCCAGAGAUGAUCCUCAAAAGUGAGGAAAAGAUGGAGAAGCUGAACGACAAGGCUAGCGAGAAGCCGGAGAAGGUGGACAAGCCGGAGAAGACCAACAAGGACGAAAAGAAGGAGGAGAAGAAGCCGGCUGAGAAGAAGGAAGAGAAGGGAGGAAAAGGCCCAGCCAAGUCUCCCACAGGCAACGGCAGCAAGAGCGUGCCAAGCGCCGACAGCAAGAGCAAGCCUGAUGUGGGUCCAACCAAACAAAACUCAGCCAAAUCGCGUCCAUCCACCCUUUCCACCAAUGAUGUGGCCAACUCUGCCAAACGCCCGUCCCCCACUGCAGCCAAUAAAAAAAGCCCUGUGCCCAAGGCGAACACACCCACCUCUGCAAAACGUCAGCCAACCACAGGCCCGACCAAGGCUGCCAAGACUCCAGAAAAUGACGGCGCAGAGAAACGCCCACCCGUGCCAAAGGCCACGCCCACUCCUCGGCAGGCCCCCUGUAAGAACGGCACCUCUGCAGCAGCUGCAAAUAAAACCACAGCUAGCAAAAAUGACAAGAAUGAGAACAAGACGGGGGAGGCCAAGAAACCCAAAACUACAACCCGUCCUCGCCCCGCAUCCACAGCCACUCCGGCUAUCCCAUCUGCCUCCACCAACGGUGAAGGUGCCGCCACCCAUCGCCGCCGCGUCAUCACAAAACCCCCGGUGCCCAAGCAGACCCCUCUAGAGAAAAAACCAGCGGCGCCUCGCCCUCCCCGAACCCCCCGACCCAUCAACGCUCCGACGCCAGAUCUGAAGAAUGUGCGCUCCAAGAUCGGAUCCAUCGACAACAUCAAGUACCAGCCGGGAGGCGGGAAGGUCUCCUCCACCCCGAACAACAAGACAUCCGACCCUGCCACCCCCGCCGCCAAGGCCAGAGUUCAGAUAGUGCACAAAAAGCUGGACUUCAGCCACGUCACCUCCCGCUGUGGCUCCAAGGACAAUAUCAAACAUGUCCCUGGAGGUGGCAAUGUGCAAAUCUUGAAUAAGAAGGUUGACGUGAGCAAGGUGACCUCAAAAUGUGGCUCCAAGGACAACAUCAAACAUAAGCCAGGCGGUGGUGACGUGAAGAUCGAGUCCCACAAGGUCAACAUCAAGGCCAAGUCUAAGAUCGGAUCCCUGGACAACGUGGGACCAGGCAGCGAGCAGACAAAUGGACACAAGGAGGAAAAAACAGGAGAGAAGACAUCUCCACCCGCAAGUGGCGCUCCACAACAAACAACUGCACCGGCAGGCGUUGCUAAGGAGAACGGCAUGAAGGAGCCCACACUUUCUCCUUUCGGAGGGGACGGUCUAAAGGAACCCCUUAGCAUAGACAAACGCAUCGCUGAGAAAAACUGAGUCCCUGGGAGCUCCAGAUAGUGGUGGGACAUGCAUGACGCUCACUGUCCUGCCAAUCAACUGACCAACAAAAUUACCACGGCACAGUCACUUCCCUCUGGCCCCGCCCUUCACCUCACCCACUGCAGCAACGAAUCAACCGACUGCCUCUCAGUGUUUCUCUGAGGUCCGCCUGCCAGUGUCCUCCUACCGACCCUGAUCUUUGACCUCUGAAAAGCACCCGAGCUGACAUUUUGCCCCGUAACCUACAAAGAAGACCUCUUGUUGUUUGUCUACACAGCUCUUUGUGGGGUUCCACCAGCUUAAUAUCUCGUAACCACAGAUAUAGUUUAAGUUUUACCCGUUCACAAAAUCUAACAACCCAGACAGAGAAAAUACCCCUAAGCAGAGUCACCUACUUCAAAUAUUGUUCAACCUGAGUCUCAGUGCUGAUGAAACCCUUUUCUCGGAUCUCGUUGAAAAGCCUUCACCUUCCAAAACUCCACUGAUGUUCUAACCGUGUCAGUAGAACUGUACUUCACUUCCAGUUCAGUCCGUCAGAUGUCACUACGUCUCAUCUAGUCAUUCUUAUUGGUAUGCAACAGCUCACACUAUUUAACCACACUCAUUAUGAUAUGGUUAAUAUGGUUUAUUCAGUGAAAAAAAUAACUGCAGUAAUGUUUUCAACUCCGUAUUAAAAUUCUCCUGAUAGACUUGGCAGAAGUGGUUGCAGAGUACAAAGGAGUUGUAGUCGACUUAAAAAUGUUCAAAAUAAAGUUCAAAAGCUUAUAUAGUGUAUUUUUGUCAGACGCAGGCGGCACAUUAGGAUGAGAGAAGCACCAAGAAACCAGCUUAUGACCUGAAUCAACCUGUUUUUCAUCUUGAUUGUCCACGAUAAGUUGGAAAUUAAAAGAACUGAUCGUUUUCGUGAGCAUACCAUAUUUAACAACUUUCUUCAGUGUCAAUCUUUUUACUAAGAGAAGAAAACUUAAAGUUAGCUAUUUUCACUAGUGAGAUGUUUAAAAUUGUAGUCAGAGGGAUGUGGGAAGCUCUUUAAAGGGAAUCUAUAUUUUCUAUGGCAUGCCAAGAUGUGUUAUCCAGGUUGCGAGAGAGUGAUACUUUUCAAGCAGAUAACAGUAAGGCCGAACAUAUGUAUUCAUAGUUGCCGUGUUUUAUCCUUUCAAGCUUUCAAACUCGCUCUUUCAGUUAGAGAUAUUAGAAAAUGUGAUUACCUCAAAGUAAUGUUAAAAGAGGAAGGAUGGAGAAUGUGUGAAGCUUCUCUGAGUGGUCUUGGCUUUAAAUUGAUUAUACUGUUGUAAGUUAGGAUUGUAACAGGAAGACCUAGUCCCUUUUGUUUGUUACCUUACGUUGCUCCCUUUUAAAUCAACAAACAUAAAGGAACUGGCACACUGUGUACUUCCUUUAACAGUUAUUGCAGACAGUAUCUAUCAUCUGGUUAUGGAAAAUGACCUGGCAGAAUUGAUGUUAUGAUCUAGAAAACAAAGAUCAGAAGCUGUUCCAGUGGCUAUCACAAGCAUAUGUUAACCGCAAAUACGCAAUAUUUAGAAUAAUGCUUGUGCCAAGUUGUACACAAAUGUGAGUGUUAAACAGUCUGGAUAUAAUGCUUAUGAAGAUGCAGCAAUCCUUAGUUAACAGUUUUUCACCAUAUUAAACAUUUAAUUGAGAUUGGUUUUGUUCGGUCCAGUAGAAAAGGAAAAAAAAAAAGAAAAGCAGAUUUCCAUCGCCAGACUCAUUUUAGCACUUCCAGACAUUCAGACAUAUUUAUUACUCUGUUCAACACAUUUUUCUGCCUUUCUACUCACUACGCUAACCUUUUUAUAGUCCACCACACUUUCCUGCACUUCUGCAACCCCUGCUACUCUGAGACGUGUCUGGUCUACAAUCAUUAGAGAAAAGCUGCUCCUACAUCACCAGAUCUGAGGGCUAAAAGCCCUCACUGUAGGCAAUGGACCACUAACACACUCGCAUAUAUAUCUAUAGGAUAAGUUCACACACAUACACAUCGGUGUGCCUGAGCACCGAACAGUCACACACUAAAAGCCACCACUUUGUGGUUGGGUAGUUCACACUAACAUGCUAAUAUUGUUGAAACAAUGAUUUGUUUCAUUGUCAUUGUUGCAUAUUUUCCACACUGGCUUCCCAUGUUGCAGCGUCUCUGUAUCUCUUUCCUCUUCCCGUGUCUUUCUCCAGCUUUCUGACAGCAAUACAGUAACAUUAUAAAUGAAGGCUUCUUGUCACCUGUGCAUUCACGUGACACAAAGACAGAAAGAGGACAGAGAACGGCUGAAGUGAGCAGAAGUUCAGAGAUAGGAGACAGUUGAUCUAUAGGAAGAGUUACCAUUCAUGGGGAAUAAUAAUAUAGCAUUCAUGUUUAAAACUUUAUGGUCAUUUAAGGGUUCUCCUGUACACAAUGAAAUCCUACCGCUUAUGGUGAGAGUCGGAGGAGCAGAUCGUUAGGCUUCAAGUUUUCUGCUGCUCUUCUUAGCACAUAUUUUACCCUGACAUUUGUAUUGUAAAUAGAUGACAAAAAAAAGUUUUUUGUUACAUUUUAUUUUAUUUUUUUUGUGUGUGUAGCAUGUUUGAUUUAUGUUGGAUGCCGUUUAAAUAUACAGAAUGUUCUUAAAUCAUGCAACGCUGGACAGCAGGAACUGCCCAGAUCUAAAAUGCAGCAGUAUUUUAGUUAAGCAGAUCCCAGAACAAACAGCUCGUAUAUUUGAAGUUUUCUUUCUAAAAUAGUUCUCAUUUUAAAACUAGGGAGAGGCUAAAAGCAGUUUUGUUCACAUUGCCACAUUUAUUAUACAUAUACAUUGAUCCUUUUUGGAGCAGCUGGCUGGGUUGUUUUAAACAUAUUCUCUUAAAGUAAAUUGCUGUACAUUAUUUCUAGUGCAGGCUCCCCUCAACACUGUGAGGUGGCUUUGAUUUAGGCCAAAACAUUUCCGAAAUGUGCUACGCGUCACAAAUCGAACAUGAGUAGGCUGUGUCCUUCCUGCUCACAGUGAUUUCAAGGUUGGAAUGGUCUCUUUAUGAAUACAUCGAGGGAUUGCGACAUCUCUGUGGCGUACUGUAGUUGUCAGAUGUGUGAAGUGUUACUACUGCAUUCAUCCUGUAGAGAGCGCUGCUUAGCCUCUUGAACACUGAUAGUCUGGCUCUGUGACUUUACAAAAAGCUAACUGGCAAACAUCCCUCACCAGAUUCCCCUAUGCUGUACUUAUUUAAGCUAGCGCUCUGUUAUUGUGUCUGGAACACUAAGUAUUAUCAGCACCACAUGGCUCAUGUAAAGGUCCCAUAGUAAGGGACCUUUACAGGGGAAAAAAAAGGUUUUGUGCACUUUGAACACAGUCUUGUUCAUUUCUUGAUGCACUCAAGUGAUAUAACUGUACUCAAGUUGCUUUACUGUAUAUUGGUAAAACCUUGUCAGCUGUGUGCCGUACGUCUGUGCUUCUGGGAACAAAACCGUCUUGGUAGUUUAGUGAAACUUACGGUGAUCAAAGAGCAAGUGAUCAAAUAGUCAACAGUUAAGUCUAGAAAACUUAAGAACAACAUAUAGGCGUAUUUAUUAUCGUAUCGUUCCUUCCAAACAAAUCCCUCGAGUUGCCUGAAAGCAACACACGUCACAUGACACAUGCGUGGAACAUAUGUGAAAAUAAUAGUAAUAAUAAUAAUGUGAACCUUUCUUUUGUUUUUGUUUUGUUUUGUUUUGCUUUGCUUUGUUUUUUUCUUUGCAGGCAGAAUAUCAAAGCACUUUGAUAGAUGUAGGUGCUGGACUGUGUAUAGAGGAAUAGGAGAAAGUUGUAGUCUUGUGUCUCAGUAGCUCAUUGUAAGCGUGCGCCGCCAUAUGAUGGGAUGAGCUGCUGUUUGGUGGAUUUUAGUGGAACUUGGGUUAUUGGUGUUGUGCUGCUGGGUUUGAUAGUCAAACACUGAGCUCUCCAGGCUGCCCUGAUGAUAUUCUUGUUGACAUUCUCUGGGAUUUACAUUCUGGUCAAGCUGCAAGGUCACAUUUACUGAAGGGAAUCUCAUAGUUUUUUAUCUUCUGCUCAAAAGGCUCAAUGAACUUUGUGCCACCUUUCUUUAAUAUAGUUUACAUUAGGAUAGACAUAACAACAAGAUGGGUUAACAAAAUGUACAUUAUUAGCAGAAGAUAGCAGAUUUCAAACUUUAUUUACAUGCAUACACACUGUAAAUACUAAGUUUUCCAUGUGCUGCCAUACUGACAGACAUGUUCAAAAAGUUGUGCAACAACACUUGGGCUCAGUUUGGUUUGUUUGUAAUGGAAAAAUAAAAAAAUGUUUUUUUAAAAAAAUUAAUGUAUUAGCACAACAUAACUGAUUUAAAAGGUACAGUCAAUAUGCAUUUAAUUUUAAUUUAAUUAAAAUUUAAUGUUUGGCAUCUAAAGCCUUUUAUGAACAGAGUACUGCAAUCACUUUUAAUUAACAUGUUGCUAUAAUGUUUGAAAGUGGAAAAUGUAAGAAAUACAUUGUUAUUAACUUACAAGCUAAUACAACUUAGCCUGGUUACUAAGUCUCUACCAAAUUCAAACAUUUUCUUCCUUAUUUACAAUAACUUUGUUUUGACUGGAAAUUGUUCAAUAAAUGACUUGGUCAAAUCAAGGGAAAUGGAAAUAUAAAAUCAAUAUUUUUCAAAAGCAGGAGUGUUUUGGUCAUAUUAUCUUUUAUUAAAUAAAUAAUCUCUACAUAUUUACUGCACCAGGCCUCUAAAUAUCUAAUUCUACAUAAUACUUAUUUGUAAUGUACAGCUUUCAAACUGAUGUUAUUAUUGCCAAAAUCUACAGUUGAGGUGAUCAGUAAUGGACAUUAAAUCUGCCAAGAUUAUAAAGAUUUAAUAGAAUUGCGUUACUUAUUAUUUAGUACAGCAUUAUUUAGUAAAAGGGGAUAUGGGAAGGAGUUAAUGUUGCUUUGCAGCUUGGACAAAAGGUACUAACCAGAUUCACUCUAAUAUCAACUCAUAAUGGUUCCAAGUAGCCUUUUAACAACACCCUUCCACUAGUAUCUCACACUGUCCCUUGUACAUAAUCAACACUGUGUUUUUAUCACCCCAGAAGUAUUUAAUUAAAGUUAAAAACAACAGAAAAAUGAAAAAAAUAAAAAAUCUUAAGUUUUAACAGGAUGUUGUGGAUGUUGCCAGUUGAACAUACCUGUUCACAUAAACCUGCAACAGCUUAGCUCAAUACAAGUGUUAUCGUAAGGGUGAAAGCAUAAGUAAGGAAAUUUACUUUUUUUCCCCUUUUUCAGAGUCUGCCUUUUUUCUCCAAGAAAAGGGCUGAUGAAGUUUCAAGAAUGUUUUUUAAAAUGUGUUCAACACAUCUGAAUUCAUGUGUGAGGUUGUCUCUGUUCUGUUUUCAGAAGAUCGAUUAAACACGACGACACUAUUUACUGGUUUCAGGAAGUAGUGACGUAAUCGGUAUGAAAUGCACCGACGCGUACUGGCCUGAUCUGUCUGAUGUCUACCACAACAGAGUGAGAGUAAUGAAAACCAAACUUUGUGUUUUGGCAUGUAGUAUGGACUCAUGUCCUGUAUUAGACCUCCCCUGAACGAAGACAGUGACAUAACUACCAACACAGGACUGAGUUAGGGCAAGUCUUGGACCAAACUGUUUCAUCACCGUCAACAGAAUUAUGAAGAAAUCUAAAGCUAAAGUCCAUGUUAAACAAAAAUUUAAGGUGAAAUGAACAUUUAGUAUAACUGAAUACGUAGUGUGUUGGUAGGUAUGUACCUGGAGCCCCAACCUGUCAGUCCUACAGAGGUUUGUCAACACUUCCAGUACUGAAAAAGAAGCGGAUUGCUUUAUCUUUUUUUCCACUCACAGCAACCACUGGCUGGCUGCUCAGUAAAACCAAAAAUCUGAUUAAACAUCAAAAGCAGAGGUUUCACGUCACACUAAAAGCAGUGCUCCGGUCCCCUGCUCACCCUUAAAAACCAACCAUAGACUAAAUACUCUUCAACAGCAGACAAAGGAGCCUUCCUUUCAGUACUGCUGAGUGGACACUCUGUAGUGUGUGCUGUAUUAUUGUUUAGAGCACAACACCGUUGCAAGAGCAUGCAGGAGACAACAAACCAACAGUUGGUUGUUAGAAACAUCCGUCCCAUUAGAUAGCACUCAUCUCCCCCUUCAAUUCUGAAUAUUUGGUAUGAAAGAGAUGUUCAUUGUGUUUAAUUGUUAACCAGUGAUGUGAAUAUUAAUCAUAAAAUAAAAAAGAUGGGCAAGAA